AUGUCUGGCACUCCCUGGCCGCUCGGCGUGGGGAGCCAGGAUCCAGCUGGAUUUGCGCCCAGCUUUGAUGCCAUGGCUGUUUCCUCUGCUUCAGAACCUCAAGGUCUGAAGCACUUCAGCGGUGAUGCUGAAGACCCCAAGGAGUACAAAAGGUGGCGAACGUGGGUCACCAACAAACUCCUCACGUUGGGUGACAAGGUGCCCGAGAACGCCAAGGGCGCUUACGUGUACACCCUGCUGUCCGGAAAAGCUCUGGAAUGUGUCGAGCAUCUCGACCCAUCGGUCUACCAAAAGACCAACGGAGAGAAGGCUUUAUUUGAUCUGCUAGAUCAGCGCUUUCCCCAGCGUGAUCAAUCGGACGAAAUGUCCGAGAUCCUCCAAGAGGUGUUCCAGAUGAAGGCUGUCGAGGGAGAGUCACUCAAGACUUGGGUGUCUCGUGCCACUGAACUUUUUGAUCGUACAGAUCGCAAAGUAAAAGUCAAAUUCCCAGACGAGGCACGAGGAUGGCUCAUCCUCCACCGUUCUGGACUGAGCGCUGAACAAAAAGCUGUCGUUUUGUCCCGCUCCAUGGGUUCGUUGAAACGUGAUGACAUUGGAAAGGCCAUGAGGUCUGUGUAUCCUGAAUUUGUGGUCAGCAAGCGACAUGCUAACAGCGUGGCCCUGAUUGAAGAGGAUGCAACUGGCCCUGAGUUGUCUUUCGAGGCUGACGAGACGGACCCUGAGUUGACAGAACUUGAACAGUUUUUGGCAGAGCACCAGGUCGGUCCUUUUGGCGAGACGCCAGGCUGUGGUGUAUUGGAUUCUGGAUGUGGCAAAUCCAUCAUUGGAGCUGAUACCUGGAAGGAGUUUGAGGCCCUGUGGACAGAUCGUGGAUGGGAACUUCCUGUCCCCUUCGCCGAGACAAAUCACUUCAAGUAUGGAAAUGGCCAUCAAGAGACCUCCGAGUUGGCAAUCCGAGCUCCUGUUCGGCUAGGCGGUCGAGCAGGCACAAUCAAAGUUGCCAUUGUCAAGGGCCAAGCGCCCCUGCUGGUCUCCCGGAAUGCUUUGAAGUCAUUGAAGGCAGUGAUCAACUUCGCUGACAAUGAGCUGCAGUUGUUUGAAGAUCAGGUCAAGAUACCACUGCUGACCAAUCAAGCUGGUCAGUACACCGUUGAUUUGCUCGGUCAGCCCAGUGACUCCGCUUCGCAGCCAUUUGCCGAAGUCAUGAUCACGCAGCCAUCUAAUGCUUCAGAGUGCAGUACUCCGAACCCUGCCCAGACGUCAGACGAUCCCGGAUCAUCAUCAAGUUCCAUAUCAGCCACAGGUCAAUACACUCCUCAGUUUGUGCAAGCCGUGCUGCAAACAGUCCCCACGUUUCAACAGUAUGAAGCCGCCAGUCUGGUGGAAUGCGAAGUAGCAAAGACCAGUCGCGUGACCGAGUUCAAUCACACCAUCGGCAUGGAUGUCAAAUACUUGCCAGGUAUCAAGGACAUGAUCAUAGGAGGCACUUUUCGCAGCAAGAACUUCAUCGAUUUGGUUCCUGGUCAUUACCCCACACUGCAACAGGAGGGUCCGAAUGAACCGGGGGUUGUCACAACUGCAUCCGAUAGUCCAACAGCUCAAGAAAUUCCUCAAAUUGCUCCAACUGAGGAACAGUCAAACCCAAGUACUAAUGUGGACCUGGAUGUUCCCAUGACUCCGGAAGCCUCACCUGCAGAACAGAAUGCCGAAAUGCCUGAAGUCAUUGACAAGUCGCCGAUGCCCAGUCAAACAAGGUAUGGCCCCAUUCGAUCUAAGCAUCGUGUGCAUGAGAAAUCUGGAGAGGCGGCACUUUACCGUCCUCCUAUGACCAGACAUGAAGACUUUGUUGAGAUCAUGCGUGAAAUUGUCCCACAACUCAUCGAUCAACAAGUGACUGUUUCUUCUGGUCCCAGCAGUGCUUCUGGUAUCAAGCGUGAUCACCCCGAGACCACCGACACAACUGAACCCCCUUCAACUAGGGCUAGACUCAUGUCCGACGACCAACUUUCAGUGGAAAUCCUGUCGGUUCAAGACUGCAAUCAAUUGUGUCAGAUUUGGGACCAGUCCAAAGAUAUCGAAGUGCUCAUCGCAGCCUACCUCCAAAAGAGGGCCGGAAAAGAAAUUCCGGCGACGGGGAAUCCUCCACUCUUGCAAGAGGCGGUAGAAGAGUCCAAGUUAGUCGAAUGGACCACUCUCAUGGAAAAGGGUGCCAUUAGGGUUCACACUGGAAAGAAAGCAGCUUGGAUAAAGGCUCAACAUCCCGACCGUUUCAUGGGCAGUCGAUUUGUCAUUGUUCGCAAGCCUUUGGAAGAGAAUCUCCACUUUGAUCCUGAAGAUCCAAGUUCUUUUCGUGUGAAAAGCCGCUGGUGCCUACAAGGGCACUUGGACCCAGAUCUGGACACCAAGCUUCAUGAAGGUCAAAAGGACAAUGAGCAGCUGAGAGCCUUGCUGUACAAGGCUUCCCGCAAUGGAGUGAAUCCAUUGGCGGAUCUCGGCUGGGUUGAAGAUGAGUUCGAGCCCGUUGGCACUAUGAGUGACGCCUCAAAGAGGCAGAGCAAUUCUGGUCAAUACCCCAUGAACACCAAGUCAGGUCGAAAGACCAUGCCGGUGCCAGAGCUGGAGUGUGAUAUCAAGGGCUCUUCGACAUACGCCGCAACAAGCGAUGAUGUGCCUUUUCCUUCCACCGCACCCGAGCUCAUGUCCGAGAUUCCUUUGCCGCCCGGCAUUGUCUCCACUAAGCAGUGGGGCACCACCAAGAUCUCCUUUGGCAAGUUCAAGUCCCGGAACUGGUGCUACCGUGACUUGAUUGAUUCUGAAGAGGAUGAAGCCCGCAGCUAUGUCACAUGGUGCCGGCCUCGCCUUGAAUCCUCCGGAGGAGAGCUCAAGGAUUUGAUCGCCUACAUCCAUCGAUUCGAAGCUGAGAGUGCCAAGACUGGUGGAAAGACAGGUUGCUUGAUUCCAGGCACGGAAGUGCGCCGAUCCUUCAAGUGA